CUCCCCCGACCGUUGCCUUUAUGAAGGUGCAUUACAUUCUGUGUAUUUUAUCUUUAUGGUGUCCGGCCAUUUACGCUUGUGCAGGCAAUUUCAUUUAUGAUGUUUGCAUGACCGCUGCGCAAAACGCGGUAGAUGAAUGUCGCACUGAUGCAUCUCCUGCCUGCCUUUGUUCAGCCCAGAAGCAAGUGUUAGCGUGCUAUGCUGAAUGCAAAAACGAUGAGACGAUUUUUGAAAUCACGGGCCAGCAAUUGCUUCGGAUCAACGAAGCUUGCAGCCAUCCCAGCGCUGAAAUCGAAGCCACUAUUACUGUUGACAGCGGCAAGCAAUUGAAAGCGGCCUCCUUUGACCAAAACAUGGACGGUGGCCAGGCCGCCGAACCUAUUCGCGUGGACGAGCCAGAGUUGAAACGAUCCCACGUGUCAAAGACAGACAUCCCUAAGGAAGCCGAAUCGAAAGACGUGAAUAUGAGUCCUAGAAUGCAAACCUCGUCUACCUUGCCUUUAUCAAAGCAUUUGCAUGAUGCGUGGCUUGUUGCUUUAUUUACCGUGUUAACCACCUCUUUGUACGUUCUUCCCGUCCCCAUUGGUGAAAUCUGUUUCUCCUAGACAUGACUCGCUUUUACUCAUCUUACUGCUGCUAUCUACCCUUUGAUUUUUAACUGAAUACAAGCAUUUAAU